AACGCGCGCGGCACACGCAACACUCACAACGCACGCUCGCUCGCUCGGCGGUGUGAACGCCUCUAUCUGGAGGGGAGAGAGAGAGAAAAAAAACCCUACGGGCUGGCGAUCGACGUUGAGACGCACACACACACAGCGUGUGUACGUGUCACGCGCCUUAUGAUUUAUUUAUUUAUUACUAGGGAUGUCCCAGUCAUCCUCCACGUGCCGCUGUGAAGAUUAGGAGCAUUUGGACGCAUUUAUCGCAUGUGUGUGUGUGUUCGUACGUCUCCGCAAGCACUGACAAGAAGGACGCGCCGGUUGAAGCACAUUUUCUUCGUUGGUUCAUCUGGCGAAAGAUAAGCUGGGAGAAGAUAUUUAUACAAAAUGUUAUCGUCUUUUUAGUUUUCUUCACGGUUUUUCCUCUCUCUCUGAAAGCUGGGCAUGCCUUCGGACAGCUACGACAAAGACAGCCUCGAUCAGUUUAUUUUAUUUUAUUAAGGACGAAUUUAUUUUUUCACUCUUUGUGAUGAUAAAAUGACUCCGCUUAAGUAGCCAAUUACUUUCUCUUGCACGGCUCAAGCUCGCGUUACCCAGGGAUGCAAGCAUCGGCACAGGUGGCACCGCUCGGAAUGAUGCGGAGGGCUCACGAGCAGGGCACGCAGCAGGAAAAAUCAUCUCGCAGGAAGCCGCAGUCAGCCGCUUUCCUCCUCCGCCGCCACCGCCGCCGCCAGUGACUCACAAAGUUCAAUCGGGUGGACGCUGUGGGAGCUCGGGGCUGUUGGGGCAAGAGGCCACCGUCCCUGGCACCACCGCCGCCGCCGCCGCCGCCGCCGCGUUUGCGCGCACGUUACCCUGAAUAUGAAUCACGGAGAGGAAUGCAACAGCCGCUGGAUGAGGGAACCGAGUCGGAUUAACGCCACCCCCCUUGGGACCUUUUUGACAUGAGGGCCAGAAAAUCGAGCUGCGGCACCGGGAAAUCCGGCCACCCUCCGUGAUGCGCACCAGGAAUCUUUCCGAAAUGGUCACCGACAUGAUGUCGUCGUCGCCGAUCCCCCCGGGGGAGCUGGCCGCGGGCGUCGCUCCACCGCGGGACAACUCCUCAGCCUCCGAGGGCCCCUCCUACCCGCUCGCCCUGCAAGUGGCCCUCACCAGCCUCCUCACGCUGGAGAUCGUGCUGGGCCUCGGCAGCAACCUCAUCGUGCUGGCCCUCUACUGCGCCAAGUCGGGCCUCGUGGGCUCGGUGAGCAACGCGGUGACGGUGAGCCUGCACGUCUUCGACGUCCUCAUCUGCCUCGGCUGCGUGCCGCUCACCGUGGCCCUGCUGCUGUCCCCGCUGGAGCGCAGCACGCCACUGCUGUGCUGCUCGCACGAGGCCGCCACGUCCUUCGCCGGCGUGGCCACCGCCGCCAGCGUCCUCGUCAUCAGCAUCGACCGCUACGACAUCUCCGUGCGGCCCGCCAACCGCGUGCUCACGCCGGCGCGCGCCGGCGCCAUCCUCGCCAUCGUGUGGGCGCUGUCCUUCCUGGCGUUCCUCAUCCCCUUCCUGGAGGUGAGCUUCUUCAUGGAGGCGGCCUCAGAAGAGCCCAACUCCAAACCCUGGCAGAACAAGACGCUGCUGUGCGUCAACCGCAACGAGUACCACAAGGAGAUGGGCAUGUACUACCACCUGCUGGUCCAGGUGCCCUUCUUUGCCAUCACCACCGUCGUCAUGCUCGUGACCUACUCCAAAAUCCUGCAGGCGCUCAACAUCAAGAUCGGCUCGCGGUUCUCCGUGACGGCGCCCAAGAGGAAAAAGAAGAAGCCCGGCAAGGCGGCCAACAAGAAGCGCAAGCGCACGGCGCACACGGCGUCCACCACGUCGAGCGGCCACCGCGAGAGCACGCUGUCGCACAGCAGCGGCGCUCAGAACAACGCGCCGAUGGGGGUGCGCACGUCCGUGUCUGUCAUCCUGGCGCUCAAGCGCGCCGUCAAGAGGCACAGGGAGAGGCGAGAGAGGCAGAAGCGCGUCUUCAGGAUGUCGCUCAUCAUCAUCUCCACGUUCCUCGUCUGCUGGACGCCCAUCUCGGUGCUCAACACGGUCAUCCUGUGCAUGGGCCCGAGCGACGUGCUCGUGAAGAUCAGACUCUGCUUCCUGGCCAUGGCCUACGGCACGACCAUCUUCCACCCGCUGCUCUACGCGUUCACCAGACAGAAGUUCCAGAAGGUGCUAAAGAACAAGAUGAAGAAGCGUGUGGUGUCCGUGGUGGAGGUGGACCAGCUUCCGCCGCACAGCGGCGCCGUCAUCCACAACUCGUGGAUUGAGCCGCAGCGCAAUCGCAAGGUCAAGUACAAUGGCAGCAACGUCACGGACAAGUGCGUGACGGAGGUCAUCAAAGAGUGAGACGCUUGUAACCCCCGCUGAAGAAAUCACUUAACGGGUGCUUUUACAUUUAUAUAUAAUGGAAAAAAGGACAAACUGCUGUAUUGUGGCAUGUGGUAUUACAGGGAAAAAAGAAAGGGUGUUUGUGGUCAAAAAAAAUUUUUUUUGGGUGUUUAUGAAAACUGAAGUUGAAUACCAAUACAGUAUCUGCUGCUUAUUUAUUUUAAUUUUUCUACACGCGGUUUUAAGAUUGUUAUAAUGGCGAAGCCAGCCGUGGCUACUUGAGUUCAUGAUUUCGUAAAAGAAGAGACAGAAUAUAUGUAUAAAAGAUAUAUAAAAUUAUGAUGUGCAAAAAAAAUUUUCUUUUGUCUACGUGUAUGAAAAACAAAUCUUUGAUUAACAUUUCUUUUUGAGCAAAUUCAUCUUUUUUGCACAGACGUGUGCUUGUUAAACGUGACUUUAUGGAAUGUGAACAUAUUAACUCGUGCUGCCCCACACACGUUUGUGAUGGUGAUUAUUACGUCAAUAUAAAACAAAAACUGAUCAAAUACAUAAAUAAAGCAAUGCGAGGGACUUUUAUAUGGAGACUUUUUUUAGGCCUGUUUUACUACAUAUAUCCUUGCCGUUUAUAAUACAUUGUAAUUGCAAUGUAAUCUAACAAUUGAAAAAUGUUGCAUCGUCACUAUGAACUUCAUUAUCCUGGAUUGUGCUUUUUAAACGCCAUUUACUAAACUUGGCACGAUACGGUGAUUUAACCCCUCGUUAAAAGCAGAAAUGGCUUUAAGCGAUGUUUUUUUUGUUUAAAGCAACGGGAAGUGAAAUUAAUACAUUAAAUGGUGAACCAAACGUGAAGUUAGAAGAGGUGUAUUGUAUAUACUGUACAUAUUCAACAAAUGCACAGUCAUAGAACAAACACUGAUGGGUGGUACCAGUGAAGUAAAAUUGAUACCAGUGAAACCAGGCCACGCUUGCAAAGAGGCAAUGCUGUGGCAUGCAUCUCAACUGGUAAUUUUCGUCCUCCUGGUUAAUUAAAGGAUACCGAUGGGACUGAUAUUAAUCUCCUGGCACUGUCACGCUAGGAGAUGAAUUUCAUUUUACACGGCAGCCUUCUUUCACGGGGCUCCUGUGCUUUUUUGUUUGUUUUCUUUCUCCAACCAUCAUUUUAAAACCAACGCACAUUCCACGUGGAGUUAUGCAUAAGUGCACAAUCAUAUUUCAUUUCGCCGAUUUCACCGCGCGGUCACGUCCACCGACGUUCUAGGUAGGGCAUGUGCAGGGGCUAGCGGUCGGAUUGCUGCUGAACGGAGAAGGAAUGGGAGCUCGGGCGAGUGCCUUGGUUUGAAACGGAGCUUGAGGGUUUAUUCAGGAAGCAGAAGCUUUUUCGAGAGAGAGAGAGAGAGAGAAAAAAAACCCCAUAGAGAGGCCAUCGGCGCGCACACUUUUUUUGCGAUAUCUUGCAACGACAAAAAAAAUGUGAAAAUGCACGUGGGCAAUCUCUUUGAUCGCUCGUGACCAAAAAGCGGUCCCCCCCUCCCUCACCGGGUAUGAUUGGACACCUUGGCGAUGCGCCGCUGUGACGCGCCGUGGCAAACGAUCAGCGCCCCGGGGGUCAAUCGCGUUGGCGUUCUCACAACAGUGCUUCUUCACUUCUUUUCUUCGAAACCGAUGCCCACGUGUCCGAAUUUAGAAGUGCCGCUUCUGUUACACGUUGUGCAAUGAUCGAAAUCAAUGAAUGUCGUCUCGCAAAAAAUAAAAAAUGACAGGACACGCACCGCACCGCACGCACAAGAGACAUGAAUUGUGCACAUUUGAAACAAACUUAUGCUGUAGAUAAUGUCUCGCAACCAUGUCUUGCUGAUGCAGACUCUGUACACUGUGUAUUAUAGCUUGUAACCGUGUUCCCCACAUUAAAACCCAUGUACCGCGCUUAACUUGAUUUAACAACAAAAAUCUAUAUUGAAAAGUGAUUUAAAACUGUGUACAGAUAUAUAGAGUGUGCUGCUGUUAAACUUAAAACAUAUAUAACUUAAGAUGAAACUUCAGGGAACUAAAUGCAGCGUGUAAUAGAUGCAACCUGUUAAAACUAAUUCACAAAAUGAGUGGGCGGGGAAUAAAUAUUCAAAAUAAACAUGAUAAUUACUUUCGUGCCGGGUUAUUUGAGAGAUAAAGAGAUACAUCGUGAUCAUUUAGUACAUAUGGUGUUCGCGCCACUACGUAUAGUGCACGGCUACCUAUCACGAGGGCACUAUGUUUGAAAUAAUUGAGAUGACACACACACACACGCACGCAAAGACAAAGAUAAAGAUCCCCCAUAUAGCCUUAACAGACUGUAGGGGCAAGUGCUGUUAGCGAGCACCUAUGAAGGCCGGAACGGUACACACGCACGCAUACACACGCACACACACGCACACACGCGCACCCAUUAAGGGUGCAUACUCCUAAUGCAGGCAAUCGGGUUAUUCCUUUGCAAAUUCCUGGGGCUGCCAAAUGCACGGACGUGGAUGUACAAUGUUCCAUACGGUGCUAAAAUGCUGCAUUGAGUAGGGGUUGAAUUAGGGUUGCUGGAGAGGAAAUUGCCCAACCCAAGUUGAGAUCUUGCAGGGUCACUUGCUGGUAUAAUAAGCUACUGCGCGGGGUUGUUCGCGAUUGUGCUGUUCAUAGCUCUGCAAUGGGUUUUCGUCGCGAUGUCCCACCUUUGGCUUUACGUGCUCGGAGCUUCUUCUUAGGAAUCGAAUAUAAAAAUGCUCCCAGCACGUGGAGCGUCAGGACGUCUUGGCAAACCACAGCCCAAUAUACAACCAGGGAACACAUCGGAGAGAUCCAACAACGAGCAUUUAUGAGAGCUUCCACUUGUUUUCUAGAAUUGGCCUGCGUGUAGCGAUGCAAGGGAUUGUGGGCACGAACGUGUGUGAGCUUCAACGGUUGUGUUUUUUUCUCUUGCGGCCCAAGUUGUGUCAGCAAAGGAACAGAGACAGAUGGUUUAAGCUGCCAUAAUUAAGAAUCUCUUAUCACGUGCAUUUACUGAUAAUGUAUUCAUUGUGAGAACAUCGUUGUAUUAAAUGCAACCAUUUUUAUGGUUUAAAAAAUAUAUAUAUAUAUUUCGUUAUAUAAUUGGCACACGAAAAAACUUGUCAGGAUACUCUUCAGAUAACCCAAUGUACAGCGCUCGUGCAUCCGUUUUCUUCCACGUACGAAAAUAAACCCCACUCGGUCUUCCACGCUGCCGAAUUGGGUUGCCUAGUCCUCUUUAAUCUCUCAAAUAGCAUGUUGCAGAAACGAAAACAGAGCAAUGUUAUCCAGGCCCAAAGGAUAAUUCGAGUCAAUGACAAGACUGCCGUAUUCUAUUUGCGAAUAACUUUAAAAUUGGCUACAAUUACUCUUAAUAUUAUUUGUAUAGUUCCUAAGCUUUUUGGAUUUUCAAGUGGAGAGAGAAAGAGCAAUUUUAAACGUGCAGUCCAAAGCCAUCCAUUUUAACCCCUCGCUGAGCAUCACCCAGUUCAAUCUGAUAAGGUCAUGCUGAUCAUUAAGUUAACGUGCUAAAAAUACACCUUUUCCUGAAUAAAUGACUCUGUAAGAAUCAAUGCAGUGCACUGAGAUAGGCGUUAAAAUCCACUAUUGCACGUUGAAAUGAAUACCGAUGAUGCAUUUUACGGCAGCAGCGUCGAUGUAAAAUGCUUAAUAUGAAUUACAUGAGCGUCCUCGUACAGGCGGAGGCCAAAGGCAGUUCACUUCAACAGAUUUUUUAUUAUCUGUUAUGCUGCUUGACUUCGACACAUGUGCGGUUGGUUCUAAAUUACACGCAUUGCAUUGGAACCACACUUAACUCACGCACGCACGUGAUCUCCUUUCCCGGAUUAUUCAAUUGGCUCAUUGCAAGCACAGGGCAUGUUUAGUGGCCAAAAAGAUACGUAUGAAUGAAAGCUAAUGGUGAAGGGUAAGUGCAAAACAUUCAUUUAGAAUUGUAUUAAGCUAUUUUUUUCCCUUGUAAUAUUUGGUGAAAAAAUUCAUGAUUAACGUAGUUAUUCUUUGAAAUAAAAUUAAUCCGUUGUAAAUCUGUUAUCAUGGCAGAGGACACUUGGGUAGCGCCAACACAAGUACUGUGCUCAAAUGGUAAUUUUGCAUAAAACAUUUAAAUGUGAAUACCAUACUUUUCUCACGAUAAGAAAACAAUUUGUGUGGUGUUUCUGCUCAUUCAUGAAAUGUCAAGAGGACUCGAGUGUGGUUCGUACACUCGUGAGAAAUUGGCGGAGCGCUAUCUUGUGACCCAAAGGGCUAAUGCACCACACCAGGGUACCGAGCAGAACGCCACAGUGGUUCUCAAGUUCAAACUCCGGGGUUGAUACACAAUUAAAAAAAUAAACCCUUUCAUUCUGUCUCCACCAACAACAAAACACGUUCCGAUGGGUUUGACAUUUCCAUUGCAGCCUAUGACGACGACUGCACAAAAUGUUAUCAUUUCCAGCCAGCGGCGUAGCUAUCAAGUGUGCAGGCGGUGCAACUGCACAAAGGGGCUAUGGGUUGGAGCGGGGUGGGGUGGGUAGGGGCGGCUCAGUUGCCAGGCUUCAAAGAGCAGGAGAAAUUGGACAGUGCGGGCCCUAUUUCUUUCAUUGCAUCAGGGCCCAUGCCAAGCACGCUACAGCACUGGUUCGGGAUUUUGUGCUUGCACUUGAUUUGAUUGUACCGAGCUCCGAGCGUAUAACAUGAGGAAGGGGGGUUUUGAGUGGACAUGUUGCAUGCCAAGCAGAGGAUGCCUCUCUGUCUACCAGAGUUGAGGUUACAUUGGACACACGGUGGGAGCAUGGUAAUUCAGGAGACUCGUGCGUGUGUGUGUGUUGUGCCGAACUGGGAUCAGUGAUUUUUAGAACACGUAAAAGGUUAAAACAAAACUGCACAAAGGAAAAUAAAUAAGGAUGUCUACUCAAAACUGACAUCCAAAGCACAUUGGCAAUCAAGAAAAAUAGACUUUAAAAAUAUCUAAUUAUUAAUGCGAAAUAAUUUAACGCAAGUUCAUUUUGGUGUAUUUGUACAUUGUACUGUAUAAAUGUUGCUAUUUGUAUUUGCAGAUCCAGAAUUUCAAGUCUGUUAGCUUACCAUGCAGUGAAGCAUUAUUAGAUGUGGCUUCACAUCUUUAUCCUGAUCUUGUACCUAACUGUUGCACAGUAUGGGUGUUCUUCAGUCACAAUAUAUUGUAAUUUAUUUAUAAGCGCCACAUACUUUGUGCAUUACAGCAGGCAAUGCAUUUGUAUUUAUUUUCUGUUGAGAAUAAAAUUGAUCAAAGAGA